AUGUUCAACUUGUUCGUAAAGACUGAAAUGAACGAUAUUAUAUGUAAUUAUACCAACCAAGAAGCAUGCAGAUAUUACGCUGAGUGGAAUGAAAAAAAUCCUAACAAACCAAAAGUAUGGACUUCACUUGAAUCAGAAGAAUUAGACUGUUUCUUAGGAGUACUCGUGAAAGCAGGUGCAUUGCGGUGCAGAAGGGAAUCCACCAAGGAAAUAUGGAGCACUAACACUUCUAUACGUAGGUCGUUUUUCAGCGCAGCUCUCCCUAGAAACAGAUUUGGAGAAAUUUCAUCAUUCCUACGAUUUGAUGACAAAUCCACUAGAGCUCAAAGAAAAGAACAGGACAAACUAGCAGCUAUUAGAGAUAUCUGGGAAAUGUUCGUUAACAAUUGCAAAAAGGCAUUUGAACCUUAUGAAAAUACCACUAUUGAUGAACAGCUCGUUCGUUUUCGGGGACGUUGUCCAUUCAGACAGUACAUCAAAUCAAAGCCUGGUCGGUAUGGGAUCAAAAUUUGGGCAGCUGCCGAUACUGAGACCUCAUAUUUAUCCAAUCUGCAGGUCUACACUGGAAAAACGCCUGGUGGAGCAGCAGAGAAACUGCAAGGAUUGCGUGUUGUGUCGGACUUGGCAGAGCCGUAUCACGGUAGCUGGAGAGGAAUAACAACGGAUGAUUUUUUCACCAGUGUCGCAUUAGCACAAUAUCUACUAACAAAACAACUAACUCUGCUUGGCACUGUUCGCAAGAAAAAGUCAGAUACCCCAGUACAAUUGGCAAUUACAGCUCGGCCCCCACAUUCAUCAAUAUUUGCAUUUACAAAAGAUCUUGCGAUGGUUUCGUUUAUACCUAAGAAAAAUAAAAUGGUCCAUCUGCUUUCCAGUCAACACGAUAAAGAUACUAUUUCUGAUAGAGAUGACAACAAGUCCCUCAUGAUUUUGGAUUAUAACAAAACCAAGGGCGGCGUUGAUACGCUGAUAAGCUUAUAA